UGUCUCCGUCUGAGUCCAUAACAAACAAGUCGCAGAUAAGCGGACGGACACGAUCCACCCGUGGGUAGUGUCUGCUCAAACUUUGCAGCGUGAUACUGUUUAUCUCCACGGGGACCGUCACAGAGACGCCGUUCAUCGCUCAAGCGCGUUAGACGAAAGGCUGGAGCCGUCAAACUAUUUUUAACAGGCUGCUCUGAGAUACUGACGCCCAUGGGACAUGGCGAUGGCCUCUAAAUCGACAUCAAUAGAAGAGCCAGCUACGGCAUCCGACUCCGAGCUUUCAGGCUUGGGAGGCAUUGAGGCCUGGAAGUUAAAGCUGGGGCCAGUGCGGAAGAACCUCUUUGGGCCCGUGGACCACCAGCAGCUGCAGCAGGACUUCCAGCGACUGCUCUGCAUGAGCGUGGAGGUGGCCAACAAGCGCUGGAACUUUGAUUUCCAGAGCGACGUACCUUUAGAGGGGUCCAGCAUCAAGUGGGAGGCGCUCAGGUGUCAGGAUGUGCCGGCGUUUUACCGCAGCUGCACCGUGCUGCCGGUGGUGAGGGCUGGAGCUGAGAAGACGAAGCAGAGGAGGCGGCUGUCGUCUUCAUCAGGCGAGGGUUCACCUGGGUCGAGCACCUCGUCCGGGUCUGGGGACGAGUAUCUGGAAGUGACCACAAGGGGGUGCUACCGGAUCCAGCGAACAGGGAAACGCAGACAGGCUACGAUCACAGAUUUCUUCAAGGUAAAGAAGAGGAGGCUUCUGCAUAACAAAGCUUCCUCUCGGCAGUAGAAAAAGCAAAAUCAGUGGAAGAUCACCAAGUGGUCGACAUUCCUCCUCGCAUCACCUCAUACACAUCACAUGUAGAUAUGUAGCAAUAUGUAAGUGACUGUCCACAAGCUCAUGCAUGCAUGGGCUUAAAAACUUCUGACACCACAUACCUUUAACAUUCAGCACAAGGAAGCUACCAUUUCCCAAGUAAAUCAGACUCUAGAAAAUGGUUUUUGUGGAUAGCUAGAAAUAUUAUCAAUACUGUAUACUCUUCAUAUUUUUUACUAUACUGUGAAAUCAUUCUGAAUGCACUCUUGCAGGCUCCAACACAAAAAGGGCUCUAGUAUGAAGAGGUUAAUGUUCUUCUGAACGUGCCUUAAUUAGUAUUUGACCUCAGCCCUUGACCCCGCCCCGUUUUCAUUUGACAAGUUCAGCUUUUAGUCUAACCCCUCCGCUCUGAAAGCAUGGGGUCAAAACCUUGCCCAGAGUCACAAUGUGGCAACGCAAAUAGGAUUAACCUUCAGGGUAAAAGGUCAGCGGUGGAGGUUUCUUAGGUAAUGUGGCUGCACGUCAGGGUUUAAAAUUAUAAUGUUUCUUAUAUCAUUAUUUAUUACUCGCAUUAAAAAAAAAAAUACAGGAAUGUGUAAAAACAAGGUAAGAUAAAUUAUGACUUAAACACUCCACCGUUGACACUUAAAAAUAUUUAAAACCAUCAAAAAACAAAAAACAAAAAAAAAAAAUUUCCCUUUUUAUUUUGUAUUAUUUGCAUCUUUUUGGCAUCAGACUACAACAUAUCUUAACGGUUGGCUUUAUGCUUUUAAUAAUGUAGUGUUUUCCUGCUCUUCAUGUGAUAUUAUAAAUACGCCUCUUUCUUCAUGAAGGGAAUGUAGAAUUUUAUCACUGUGGUGCAGCUCAGAGGAACCAAAUCUGGUUCUAACUUUGAUAAUUUUUGGAUUUUUCUUUUUGGAAAUAUAUGAAGAGUGUAGCUGUAUCACAUUAUUCUGUUGCUGUGCAGUUUUAUAAGGCUUGUAUAUAUCCGAUACGUGUGUGUGUGUUUGUGUGUGUGCGUGCGUGCGUGCGCGCCCCAUUUAGUUUUUUCCUGAGUUUUAAAAGUUGCGGCAGCUGAUGCAGUCCAACCAAAGGAUUAAGUUGCACCUUGUUUGAGUGAUCGGUUUAUGGGCCACAGAAAGUCUCCCCACACUUUGAAAAAGGAGGUUUUUGUGAUCCAUUACUGCACAAUCUUCCGAGUUUUGUGACUCAAACAGGAUGCGGCUUUCCCUAGCUACAGUGAUCCUAAUUUGUCUAAGGGUAAAAAGCCAUAAAUGGGAUUUAUCCGUGAUCCGAUAACUACCUCAUCAUGUAAUUCAAUAACACAAAUGCAAGAAAAGUAGAAAAAAAAAAAAAUCAUCAGUGUAGCGCAAGUUGUUUGUGUCUACAGGCAUGAAAGAGAGACAGAGACACAACGAGGGGGAAGUUAUUAUUCUGUUGUGGUAAAAAGCUGUCGCUGCGCGUGGGGUUCCUCAUCAGGUGAAAGAGUCAGUGUGUCAGAGCGUGGCCCCCGGGGCCGUGCAGAGGAAACUGUCAGUGUGAGCUUUUGUCGUCCCUCCCUUAGUCUGCUUCAGCAGCAUUCCCAGAACAGACAGAGGAGAGGAUCAGUAGCUGGGAAACAACACGAAGGGGUCAGACUUAACCAGAGAAGGAGGAAAGUGUCUCAGAUCUUCAGCCAGAUUAAGUGGCCUUUGAUUCAGACCCCCCCCCCCCCUCAGAGUCUCUCUGCCUCUCUUUCAUGAUUCAGCUGCCUCAGUCUCUGAAAACUCACCAUGACAGUAGUUGUUUAUAAUCAUGUUGAGUUUGUCUUUGCACAACCGAAUUUCACACCUUUCAUGAUUACUAUUCAUUUUUUUCAUCAGUUUAUCUCUGUGUAAGUGUGACUGUGAGGAACUGUUUUCUCAGUGUGUUUGUAGUAACUUAUUUUCAGUCUUUGUCAUUUGUUUUCAGAGGGAAAUUUUUUUUUAAGUUUCCUAUUUGUUUUUCUUGCUACUAACUGUUUUUCUCUGAAACCACAUCUUUGCACUACUUUAAACAUUUUUGACAAAGGAACUACUUUUUAAUGAUGAAUCUCAGAAAAAAAAGAAA